AUGGAUCCGAAAAUGGAUCCGAUGAAAGAAAAGGAGGAAUCCAUACUUUCAUCAACCGAAGAAGGCCAAGUCCUCAACAUACAACGAGCCCGAGAUGCAACAGCUACCGAACAUAGCCUGAGCAUUCUGGAUGCCUGUCGGGGUUUCUGGCCUGCGAUUCUUUGGUCCUGUCUGUUCAGCAUGGGAGUUGUCAUGGCUGGAUUUGAUCCGCAACUGGUCGGCUCCCUCAUUGCAAUACCGCGCUUCCAACAUGACUUUGGCGUUUAUGAAGACGGAGCUUGGACCAUCGAGGCCAAAUGGCAGUCUGCCUUCAAUUUGACAUCACCAAUGGGUGCCAUCUUUGGUUCAUAUCUGAUCGGAUGGCCUCUUGAUCGCUACGGCCGACGCUGGACGAUGGCAGCUUGUUGUGUGGUAUCGAUCAUCGCUGUUGCAAUUCAGGUAUCAGCGCAGAACAGUGCUCAGAUUUUGGUCGCUGAGCUCGUCAACGGACUUGUUGUUGGUGCCUAUCCCGUGGUUGCACCGACUUACAUAUCCGAAACUAUUCCUGUUGUUCUUCGCGGCAUGGUGACGGCAUCGGUGAAUUUCUGUUUCGUUUUUGGUCAAUUGGUCUGCUCGGGAGUCCUUAUUGGCACUCAGGGGCGAGAUGACCGCUGGGCGUAUGAUAUUCCAUUUGCCUGCCAAUGGUUCUUCCCGGUCUUCAUCCUGGUGUUAUUGCCUUUCGCUCCCGAGUCACCUUGGUGGCUGGUCCGUCAGAAUAAAAAGCAAGAAGCCCGCCACGCCCUACAGCGUCUCGCCACAGAGGGAGUCAACGUGGAUGAUAUGCUUGCCUUUGUCGAAGUCACGACGCAGAUGGAAGACGAGCUCGAGAGCCAGGCGCGAUUUAUGGACAUGUUUAAGGGGAACGAUCUACGUCGAACAAUUAUUGCGAGUAUGGUAUACUGCAUCCAGGUGUUUUCCGGCACCGGUCUCGUCAUCAACUACUGUGUAUACUUCUUCGAGCUCGCGGGUCUAUCAACAGACAUUUCCUUCGACAUGGGCUGCGGCGUGCUCGCGGUGGGACUCUUCGCCACUUUCCUCUCCUGGAUAUUAAUCAACAAUUUCGGACGCCGCCCUCUUUACACCUGGGGCCUAAUCAGCCUCACCUUUGUCCUCAUCAUAAUCGGCGUUUUAGACUGCCAGCCAUCAUAUUCCACAAACGAUGCCUUGCGAUGGGUUGAAAGUAGCAUGAUGUUGUUCUGGAACUUUGUUUAUGAUCUCACAAUCGGAGCUGUAUGUUUUGUGAUUAUGUGCGAGGUAUCAUCGACGAAGCUGCGGGGAAAGACCAUUGCAUUUGCCUCUGCCGCGCAGUUUUUCGUGAAUUUCAUUGCCGUCGUUGCUAUUCCUUACGCCAUCGAUGUGAAUCAAGGCAAUUUGCGUGGCAAGCUAGCCUUUGUCUAUGUCGGAAUUUGCAUUCCGUGCAUUGCAUACUGCUGGUUCUGCCUCCCCGAAACCAGAGGGAGAACCUACGAAGAGCUUGAUUUGAUGUUUGAGAGGAAGGUCAAGACCAGGGAUUUUGCUACGUACAGAUUCGAAGACGACGUGCAUAACGUAGGGAAACACGAUGCCACCGCUGCUGUCUGA